AUGGAGCGAUCUCAAAAGUCUCACAGGUCUCGUCAAUCUGACCCCUCAGUCAAGAAGAAAUCCGAUACUGAUAAGAAGAAACGAGUCCUCACUGAUGAUAAGAAACGAGACCCUAGUAUUGAUAUGAAGAAACGCGACCUCACCGAUGAUAAGAAGCAAAACCCUAAGGUUUUUCGAAUGUUUCUUGAUUUUCCAGAACAAGAUAAGAACAAGUGUGGUGUGGACUUACAAUGUGUGAUUCGCGGCGACGACGUGAUUAGGGCAAGAGGGAAACAAGCAUCGAAAUCGACAAUGCCAUCUCCGAAAUUGACCGGAAAGCAACUCCAUUCAUCAUCACCGACAGACCCAUCCUAG